UGUCCCCACCUCUUUCUCUGCUCCAGAGUUCGCAGCCAUGGAAGUUCCCGUAGGAUUUAUGGCGAAACUAUGGAGUUUCGUCUCGUUCCUUCCUUUCUUCUUCCUGCUGCUUGUUCUCGGUCUCGUCAAAGCGCUGAUUGUCGGUCCAAUUGCAUUGGCUAUAAUUAUGAUUGGCAACUCCGCCGUGAUUAUUGGCCUUUGGCCGGCACAUUUCUUUUGGACCUACUACUGUUUAGCGAGGACCGAGAGAAUUGGGUUGAUCCUGAAGAUCAUGGCGUUGAUAUUGUUUCCAGUGCCUCUGAUCCUUUGGCCAAUUAUUGGGAUUGCUGGAAGUCUCUUGGGUGGGAUAGCAUACGGCUUUUUCACACCGCUUAUGGCUACCUUUGAGGCAGUUGGAGAAUCUGUCACCAGUAAAUGUUACCACUGCUUUAUUGACGGUUCAUUCUCCACGGUUAAAGGGAGCUGCACCACGGUGAGAGAUUUCACUGACUUUUGCUUCCAUUCAUAUUUCUCCUACAUGGACGAGUUAAGAGAGAUGAUCUCAGCUGAUGCACAACCCGUUGAGAUAAAGUUGUCUAGGCUCCCAAGUUGCCUGCUUGCGAGCCUCAUAGGUGUGCUGGUAGAUGUACUUCUGAUAACAGCAGUUGCUAUUUAUAAAAGCCCAUACAUGUUGCUCAGAGGAUGGAAGAGGCUACUAGAAGACCUUGUUGGUAGAGAAGGCCCAUUCUUGGAGACUGUAUGUGUUCCAUUCGCAGGUCUUGCCAUAAUACUAUGGCCACUAGCGGUUUUGGGAGCUGUUGUUUCUUCGAUUAUCUGCAGCUUCUUUCUGGGUCUUUACAGCGGAGUUAUCGUCCAUCAGUUCAUAAACACUCAGGAGGACUCUUUCAAGAUGGGGCUCAACUAUAUCAUUGCUGCGGUCUCGUUGUUUGAUGAAUAUGUGAAUGAUUUACUAUAUCUGAGUGAAGGAACUUGCCUGCCAAGGCCUCGCUAUAGAAGGACAAUGGACUCUGGUUCUGGAAAGAGAACAUCAGGAGACAGGGAGAAUGUUGAUCUCAAGAGCAGAAGAACUGCCUCUCUUGGUUCGAGGCUCAUCUCAGAACAUUCCAGAACGCUGAAGAAGGCAAUAUAUCAAUAUAAACCAGUUCAGGUAUGGGACUGGCUGUUUAAGUCAUGCGAGGUGAAUGGGAGGAUACUGCUUCGAGAUGGUCUGAUAGAAGUGAAGGAUGUCGAGGAAUGCCUCGUGAAGGGUAAUUGCAAGAAGCUUUAUAUCAAACUACCGGCUUGGACCGUGUUACAAUGUCUACUUGCAUCGGCUAAAUCCAAUUCAUCAGGCUUGGUGAUCUAUGACGAUGUGGAGCUAACCGAUGCAAACAGUCCAAGAGACAAAGUAUUCCAGUGGCUUGUGGGGCCUCUACUGAUCAUGAAGGAGCAAAUAAAGAACCUGAAACUGACGGAGGACGAAGAGUUUCGCCUUAGGAGAUUGGUAAUGGUAUGCAAAACCGAAAGACCCGAGGAUUGGGGCACGACCGAGUUCCCAUCAAGUGAUAUGGUGAGAAAAGCACAACUUCAAGCCAUUGUCAGAAGGUUGCAGGGGAUGGUAGGGACGAUAUCGAGAGUGCCGACGUUUAGGAGAAGAUUCAUGAACUUGGCGAAGGUGUUGUACAUAGAAGCGGUUCAGGCUGGUGCUUCUGGGAACAGAGUAGGCUGGAUACUGAAACCCACCAAUAACAACCAAAGAUCAACGCAAGAUCUUCUUGUUUAGGUAACUGUGUUUUUCUUCUCCUCUUUUCUUUCUAUAUUGUUUGUUUGUUGUCUUCUUCUUCGUCUUUCUUUCUCUCUUUCUUGCAAAAUAUACAUAUUUACAUGUAGGGCAAGACCAGAAAGGCACAACGCUGAAACCCAAAGAUCUUCUUACAUAGAAGUAGUUCAAAUGAUAUGUAUGUACAUCAGA